AUGGGUCUGCCUCUUUUCGUCGCACCCGUCGAGUCAGAUGUGCUACCCAAACCCCCUGCAAAGGCGAGGAGGUCAGCUUCGCCGCCACGCUCGGCCAUCAGGCGUGCCCCGUACGUCAAUGUUCGAGAUCGCGCUGCGCUGAGUCGACGAUCCAGAUUGCUUGACCUGCAGGAGCGCAGACGUCCUAUUUCACGCACCCUCGAGACGGCUCUUACUACAGACACGACCUCGUCCGGCAUCGCCGCUGCGGCCGAGUAUAUCCGCAAUGGCGUUGUGACAUCCGACGAUCUGGCUCGCCCCGACAUGAGUGACCGGGAAUCGCGACGGCUAGCUGCACUCGAAGCACUCAAUCGCGAUCGCGAGGAGGAUAACAAUACUCGCCAAGAUUCACGCACACAAUGGUGGAUGCUCCACCCCCAAGCUCAAAGUCGCAGGGAAAAUAUUAUAAUGCUCGGAAUGGAGAGAAUGCGAUCGCGCAAUCGGAGCCGUGGCCCUCAAGUUGAGCGGCUCUCAGCCGCAGGGCGAAUGAUGCGUAAUGCAGGUAGUAACCUUCCGACUGCUAGGGAAGCGGAGACACUAGCUUCAUCAACGCGACGGAGGCCGACUGAUGAUGUAAACGGACUUGGUGACCGUAACCGAAGUAUCAGCCCAGAAGGAUGGGAUACCCUCCUAUCGACGUUGACACCUGAUCCUCAGCCACCAAGUGCCAAUUCUUCCUUUAUGUCCACUGUUAUUUCCCAGAACCCAAGCACUUCCUUCACCAGUGCAUCUGGGCAAACCCUGCGUCCUGGCACUGCACCUGAGCCGCCAUGCGAGUCUGGAUGUGAGAACUCUGACACAGAGGAUGGAGAAGCACCUCCUCGCCGCCGUCACCAUGUUUCUAGACCACCCUACCGUUCUGCCCACCCCGUACGGUUUGAGGUACCAGGUUUGGAUUAUCCCUUAACGGGGGAUGAUUACGUCACCCGGGGGCAACCACCGAGACCUCGAGACCCCUUGACUCCACGCGAAGGACCAUCUCUACGAUCAGACAAUGGGUCUAUCAAUGUAUACAUGGCUCGCCCGACACUUCUGGGAAGUCAACGCGACGGAUGGGUAGGUUCACUAUCUGUCGGUGCGACGGAAGACGGUUCCGGAUCCGAACCUUCUCGACUGAACGCUGAAGGCUCAUUCAUGUCGACUGGCAGCACAAAUUCUGCAGACGAGGACUUGGUAAGCCUGCAGCGAAUCGUCCGAAGAUUGGCUUCCCGUGAUGAUAUUCCAGAGGAAUGGUGGACCGAAACAGGUUUGUCGAGAACUCUGACAAGAGAUCGGCCAUGA